AUGAAUUACCUUCGUCGUCGACUCUCAGAUAGUAAUUUUAUUUCCAACCUGCCCAAUGGUUAUAUGACGGAUUUACAGCGGCCCGAGCCUCCGCAGCAGACCCCCGCAGUGUCUCCUGGUUCAGAGAGGCGCCAGGUCGGCAACCAGCCGCAGACUGGGCCAGUGACAGGAGGAGGACCCACGGGCUUCUUCUCAUCCAUAUCCAAUGCUGUCAAACAAACCACCGCAGCCGCUGCUGCGACCCUGUCAGAGGCUGCAGACCGGGCUGGCGUCUCCAGCAACGCCAAGAUCCUCCUGGUCAUUGAUGAUCAGCAGACUGACUGGGUGAAGGUUUUCAGGGGAAGAAAGGUCCAUGGUGAAUCUGACAUCAGGGUAGAACAGGCUGAAUUUUCUGAAAUCAAUCUGGUCGCAAAUGCUAUGGGUGUUUACAGUGUCACCAUAGACGCCAUCAGGGGUGGACACAAAGUUAAUAAGACUAUUAAACCAGAUUUUGUGCUGAUUCGACAACAUGCCUUCAGCAUGGACAAGAAUGGGGACCAUCGCAAUAUAGUGAUAGGUUUACAAUAUGCUGGGCUACCAAGUGUCAACUCUGUACACUCUGUUUAUAAUUUUUGUGACAAACCGUGGGUGUUUGCUCAGAUGUCCAAACUACAUAAGCAGUUCGGUCCAGAGGAGUUUCCAUUAAUAGAGCAGGUUUAUUAUCCCAAUCACAAAGAAAUGAUCUCUUCUACACAUUUCCCUGUUGUGGUGAAGAUGGGCCAUGCCCACUCGGGAAUGGGAAAGGUCAAAGUUGACAAUCAAUAUGAUUUUCAAGACAUUGCCAGCAUUGUAGCACUAACCAAGACCUAUGCCACAUCUGAACCCUUCAUUGAUGCAAAAUAUGAUGUCAGAAUUCAAAAAAUUGGCAACAAUUACAAAGCAUACAUGAGAACAUCGAUUUCUGGUAACUGGAAAACCAACACUGGCUCUUCAAUGUUGGAGCAGGUGGCUAUGUCAGACAAGUACAAAAUGUGGGUUGACUCAUGUGCAGAUAUAUUUGGAGGCUUAGAUAUUUGUGCAGUUGAAGCUCUACAUGGGAAAGAUGGGAAAGACUACAUAAUUGAGGUAGAUGACUGUUCAAUGCCACUGAUUGGGGAUCAGCAGGAUGAAGAUCGGGUUCAAAUUGCAGAACUUGUGAUUUCAAAAAUGAGUCAGUGUGUCCCACGAAGCUCUUCUACAAAAGCAUCUUCACCCCAACCACUGUCACAGGCCAGAGAACCACAGUCACAACAGCGUCCAUCUCCUCAAGGUGGUCCUCAGCAGAGCCCGCCUUCUCAGCAGCGACCAUCACCUCAAGGCCAGCCUCCGGCCCAAUCUGCUGCCCCUGAGUCCAGUUCUCCUAAAACUAGCCCUGGUGUGGCCCAGCAGAGGCCUGUGGGACAGGGGGGUGCUCAGAGACAGGGCUCUGUGUCACAGCAGCAGAAGCCUGCUACAGGUGCACAGAGGCCUGCCCAGCCCCCCAGGCAGCAGUCACUAAGUGGAGCACAACCAAAAGGCCCAGGGCAGCAGCAGCAGCCAGCUCGUCCUGGAGCGACUACCACCCAACAGCCACGACCUGCCACUCAAGGGCAGGGAGGACGACCCCCAGUGCAACAGAAGCCUCAGCCACCUCAGAAGCCAAACCAGGACAACUCAGCACCGGGCAGCUCUCCACAAAUAAACAAGUCCAAGUCUCUUACCAAUACCUUCAACAUUCCAGAAACCCCAGUGCCACCAGCAGCCAGCCAUAACCAGGAGGAGGAGAAGACUGAGACCAUUCGCAAUCUACGCAAGUCCUUUGUCAGUCUAUUCUCAGACUGA